AUGGAUUUGAAUUCAGAUGAAUUUUUUUAUGGUAUAAAUAAGUCUUUGUACUUUAAAACAGAAGAAUAAAAGAAUGAAAUGAAAAAAAUGGAUCCAGAGUACAUUACUAAAACGUAUUUUAUUAUAAAAUAAUAAAGUGGAACUGAUUUUGUAUUAUUACCCAAUUCUCCUGAAUUCAUUAACCAUAAUGAACCAUUUGAACCUAUGUAUAUACCAAAACAAACAAUUCUUGAGGAAAGUUUAAGAAGAGAGAUUGAAAGAAUAUGUUUUGCAGAUACUUUGUUAAAUAAAGUAGUUUUUGAUUGUGCAGAUCCUAGUCCAUUUAAUAAAGUAAAAAUAGAUAAUAAAAGUUAAUUAUUAUAGGAUACUGAUCCUAAUGUCUAUGGAUUAGAGGUAUUACCAUAUUAUAUACCUUAAACAAAAGAAGACACAACUUUAGUUUUUGAAAGCAGAUUUGAAAGUGGGAAUUUGAGAAGAGCAAUUUAAAUGUAAAAAUGAAUAAAAGAAUGAUAGAUGUGAUUAUGAAUAUAAUCUAAUUCUGAAGCCAGAUUAUUAUACAACAAUGAAUACUUAAUGGUUUUACUUCUCAUUAUCAAAUACAAGGAAGGAUGUCGAAUAUAGGUUCAAUAUCAUAAAUAUGAUGAAACCUGAUUCAUUGUAUAAUUCAGGAAUGAAACCAUUAAUGUAUUCAGAAUAAGGAGCAAAACAUAAAAGUAAAUAAUUAAAUAUAUAUUUAGAAAUUGGAUGGUUUAGAGAUGGACAUGAAAUAUGUUAUUAUUAAAACAAUAUGAAACGUAAAAAUGGUGGUUAUUAUUACACUUUAACAUUUGCAGUCAAAUUCUAAUAUGAUUUUGAUUGUAUUUAUAUAGCUCAUUGUUAUCCUUAUACAUAUACUCAUUUAUGUAGGUAUCUCAAAUAAUUGGAAUCUGAUCCAGCAAAAAAAAAUAGAGUUAAAAGAAAAUAAUUAUGUUAAACAAUAGCUGGAAAUACUUGUGAUUUUUUAAUUAUAGGUGAUUUUAAUAAUGGAAAAGAAAAGAAAGGAAUUGUUAUUACAUCAAGAGUUCAUCCAGGAGAAACUAUGGCUAGUUAUGUUAUGGAAUAUAUGAUAGAUUUCUUAACUGGUAAUACUCAUGAAGCAAGAAUAUUAAGAGAGAAUUUUAUAUUUAAAAUUGUUCCUAUGCUUAAUAUUGAUGGAGUUGUAAAUGGAAAUUAUAGAUGUAAUUUAGCAGGUGUUGAUUUAAAUAGAUAAUGGAUAGAUCCUAAUAAAAAAUAACAUCCAACUAUUUAUCAUACUAAAUAAUUAGUUAAAAAAACAAAAGAAGAAAGAGAUCUAGUGUUAUUUUGUGAUAUUCAUGGUCAUUCAAGGAAAAAGAAUAUAUUUAUGUAUGGAUGUUCAGGAAAAGAUCCAAAUAGAAAAGAAUUAGUGUUCCCUAUGCUUAAUAGAAAUAAUUGUAGUGUUUUCUCAUUUAAAGAUUGUUGUUUCUUACUCUAAAAAGAUAGAGAAGGUUCUGCAAGAGUAAUUAUGAAUUAUCAUAUCAUAAGAUUGCUUUGUGGAGAGAAUUCUCAAUAAUAAAUUGUUAUACCCUAGAAAUGUCAUUUUGUGGAGCUGAUUUUGGUAAAUAUGAAUACUUUCAUUUUAAUUUGGAUAUAUACAAAGAAAUUGCAUAAUCAUUUUGUUUGUCUAUUAUAGAUUGUUAUGAACCAGAAUAAAUUAAAGUUAAAUAAAUGAUGGAAGAAAUUGAAUAAAACAGUCUUAAAAAUUAAUAAAAAGAUGAUAAGAAUAAUUCAGGUGAUGAAGGAUCUGAUUAUUCUAAUGAUGAUCCAAAAGAAUAAGCUAUGCCAUAAUAAAUUCAAGUUUAAUCUAAUGAUUAAUGUAAGUAUCUAUUAAUAAUAAUAUAGAGUUAGGUUCAUAGACCAAAAAACUUAAAAAAAUACCACUUCUACCUCCUAAGAAGAAAAAAGGACUAUGA